AUGACUGUGCCAACGCUGGGUGGCCCUUCCUUUGCGGACAGGCAGGACUACGACGAUGCCUCUCGCGGCUUCAUCGCAGCUUUGAGCCCGUGCAUCAUCACAGCCCAGGACGGCCGCGUCGUGUGGAACAAUGACCAGUAUAGGUUUCUCGAGGAGGAAUGUCCGCCGACCGCCGAACCCCGGCUAUGGCGACAAGGCCAGUUAUGCCUGAAGCAAGGCCUUUUCAGGGUGACCGACGGUAUCUACCAGGUCCGAGGCUUUGAUAUUUCCAACCUGACUCUCGUGGAAGGGGAAAAGGGCGUGAUAGCUAUCGACCCCUUGGUGUCCUGCGAGUGUGCUUCGGCGGCACUGGCAUUCUACCGGGAGCACCGUGGCCCCCGUCCGAUUACUGGCUUGGUCUUCUCUCAUUCGCAUGCAGACCACUUUGGCGGAGCGCAGGGGAUCUUGGACUCGGCAACGACCGAAGGACUCGCCGCGACGACCGCGAGUCCCUCUCAUAUCCCUAUCAUUGCUCCCGAGGGCUUUCUCGAGGAAGCUAUCAGCGAGAAUGUGUACGUCGGCCCGGGCAUGAUGCGUCGGGCAGGGUACAUGUAUGGCAGGCAUCUUGAGCCCGGACCGGAGGGCUUCAUCGGGUGUGGUUUGGGAAUCGCUGGAUCCUGGGGUACACGCUCGUUGAUCCCGCCCAACGUCUCCAUUACCCGCACCGGAGAGGAACUUGUCGUCGACGGUGUGAGGAUCAUCUUCCAGCUCGUCCCAGAAACAGAGGCACCAUCCGAGAUGAACUUUUAUUUCCCGGAUUGUCGGGCCCUGCUGAUUGCAGAGUGUGCCACCCACUGUAUGCACAACAUCAUCACGCUCCGCGGAGCCCUGGUUCGUGACUCCAAAGCGUGGUCGGCUUAUCUGGACGAGACGAUGGUUCUGUAUUGCCAGGACGUCGAUGUUCUUCUCGCCAGCCACCACUGGCCAACCUGGGGCCGGAGCAAUGUCAUCACUCUCAUAUCGGAGCAAAGGGACUUCUACGCGUACCUGCACGACCAGACCAUCCGCAUGAUGAACGAUGGUCUGACGGGGAUCGAGAUUGCAGAAAAACUGACGCUCCCGCCCCGGCUGCAGCAGGCAUGGCAUCUACAAGGAUACUAUGGUUCCAUCAGCCACAACGUCAAGGGGAUUUACCAGCGCUACCUCGGCUGGUUUGACGGUAAUCCAGCCCAUCUCUGGCAACAUCCGCCGGCCGAAGAAGGCCAACGAUACAUCAGGUGCAUGGGCGGCGCCGAUGAGGUGGUCGCCACGGCCCGGAUCUUUGCACAAGAGGGUGAUCUCAGAUUUUCGGCCACUCUGUUGAGCCAUGUCAUUGCCGCCGAGCCUGAACAUGCAGAGGCCCGGGCGGCCCUUGCUUCGGUAUACAAGCGGCUGGCAUACGCCACCGAGAACGCGACGUGGCGCAAUUUCUACCUGACCGGCGCGCAGGACAUGGAACAGGGCGCCCGCCCGGAGCGCGCCAUAGAGUAUUUCAUCCCUACGCUGCCGGUCGAUCAAUGGUUGACUAGUCUGGCGGUGCUCAUAGACGGGCCAAGGGCAGGACAAGAGUCGGCUCCCAUUAUCAUCGAGAUAUGCGUGCCCAGCGAACAACAACGUUGGAGGCUGACGCUGAGCAAUGGCGCGCUCACUCACCGGCGCCAACCAACGGAACACAAGACCUUCGUGGGCGAUCCUGCUGGCCUCACCAUGACAUUGGACAAGGAAGACCUGCUGCGAAUGCUCAACGGGCGGGUCGAAGAGGUGCUCCAGGACGGAAAGAAAUGGACUGGUGACUUGCACCUGUUUGUAAAGCUGUUGGCUCUGACAUCAACGACGCAACGAUCGUCUACGGUCGCCAGUGUUCCGACCCACGGAGCUGAAAGCAACGGUCUCGGCAGCUACGGCGCCGAAGUCCAUGGUGUUGGAAGUAAGUUGUAAUGUUAUCACCGCGCCCGACGUUGAUGUUCGAGGCUAGUUCC